AUGCCAGGUACGAUGCCCCUAGGCGGGUUGAUGCCAGGUGCGAUGCCGGCUCAGUUCCCUGCGAAUGAGUCAGCGACGGGCCCGGCGGUACCGAUCACGGUGGGUCCGUUGGUACCGGCUUUGGUGCCAGGUAUGGUGGCCCAGAUGGUGCCGCGCUCGCCGUUUAUGCGUCCGUAUUCUUCUACGGUAGACGAGGGCUCUUUGUGGAACUCGGCGGGACGUCGCGCACGGUUGGCGUCCCCGGAUCGGGCGAGUCAACAAUCAGAAAUGCAGCGGGUGACGAUGUUGCGGAAGUUCCGUGAACUGCGACGGCACCAGCGGGCGAGCGAGUUGCCCGCGAUUACGCGCCCUCUGUUAGGCACGGGACCGGAGCGGGACGCCGCUUCCAACCCAGACCGAGACACAGACGGCGCAGAGGACGGUACAGGGGAAGCUCCGGACGGCGCGACCGAACACGAAGAUGCCUCAUCAGACUCUCCAUCGCCGCCAGAAGACCUGGGACUGGCAGCGCGGCUUGAGAGUGUGCUAUGCGAAAAGAUUGCCGGUGUCAAGGAUGCUCUGGCGGCGCCCACGGACGCCGAGGGUCGCGAGUUGGCGGCAAGACUUGCGCUGGCCGUCGGCCCCGACGGCCUCGACGUCGCCAAACUGCCACCCAGUUUCGCCGCAGACCUCGCGCGCUGGCGCCGUGCGCGUGAGAUCUCCGACGCACGCACAUGCUCGCGGGGCGACGACGCUCGCACGCGCGCGGCGACGAACUUACGCCGUGCGCGCGACUUGGCGAGCCAGGUCGCGGCUGCGGCCGCGGCCGCGGCCGCGACGUGCGGUGAACUGGAGGCACUGGGCGCCGUCCUGCGGUCCAAAGAUGCAGCCAUCGCGCAGCUGCAGAACCAGGCUGUGCAAAACGCAGCACAAACGCACCGGCAGACACGCGCAUGGGCCGAGUACCAACAUGCGCUCGAGAACACACUCCAGACGCGCGUGGCUGCCUUCGCCGCUGCCGCGAACGAACGACUGCUCGCAGCCGCGACCGAGCGCGACCGCGCGGUGCAAAAAGCCGAGGCGCUGCAGCAGGACGCGCUCGACGGCACUCUGCAACAUUCGGCGAAGCUCGUGGAAAAGGAACUGCAACUCAACCAACGCGAACUCGAACUCCAAAGCCGCGAGCAGCACCACCAAGAACUGCAGCGAGAGCUCACACUCACACAGCAAGAGCUCACGCACACACAGUCUGAGGAAGUCGCCAAACUGGAGAGCCAACAACGAGAGCUGGAAGAACAGCGCGGGGAGGUCGAAGUGAGGCGUGGAGAAGUGGAUGCGAUGCUGGGAGAACUGGAAGAACAGCGCGGAGAGUUGCAGACGCAGCGCGGAGAGUUGGAGACGCAGCGUGGAGAGUUGGAGGCAACGCGCAGAUACUUGGAAGAACAGCGCGGAGAGUUGGAGGUGCAACGCGGAGAGUUGGAAACGCAGAAGCAACAGUGGGGAGAGCAGCAGGACGAGUUGCGGCGUCGUGAGGCAAAGCUGGAGAGCCAAAGGUUCGAACUCGGACAGCGCGAGGCGGAGCUGCGGGCGCAGACGGAGACGGAGCGCGAUCGCUGGGAGGCAAAACAGCAGCAGCUCGAAGAGACGCAGGCGGUUUUGGCGGCGCGCGAAGAGCGGGCAGGCGAACGCGAAACAGCGCUGGUCAAGCGCGAAACGGCACUGGUCGACGGCGAGAAUUCGUUGGCGGAGCUCGACAGUGUGUUGACGAAGCGAGAGAGAGCGUUGGCGGAGCGGGAGAGCGCGUUGGCGGAGCGGGAGAGCGCGUUGGUGGAGCGGGAGAGCGCGUUGGAGCAGGCGAAGAUCGCAUUGAGCGGUCGCGAGAUCGACGUGGCGACGCGCGAGAUGAUGUUGGUGGAGCAGGAGAGCGAGUCGCAAGAGUGUGCGACGCAGCGGUCGGCGCGAGAGAGCGAGUUGGCCGACCGUGAGCGCGUGCUUGCGGAGCGUGAGCGCGAAGUGGGAGCGGCGCAGCGUGUGUGCGCGGAAACGAACGCGCGCGCGCGCGAUGAAUUGCGAGGCGUGCGUGAACGCCUGCGCGAAAAGGAGGCGAUCGUACAAUCCAGACUGGGUCUGAUCGUGCGCCAGCAGACAGACAUCAAGAGACAGUGGGAUCUCUGCCUCGCCUGGCGUACCCGCGCCGUCAAGGCCCACGAACUGCUCAAGGCCGAAACUGAACAAGCGCGCGAACGUUGGACUCAAAUCCAACAAGGUCAUCCAGACGCGGUCAAACAACUUUACGACGCCUUCGCAACCUCACACAGCCGAUUAGACCUCACCAUCCCCAAUUCUCUUGCACCCGAAUCCCUCGCUGCACCCGAGUCCCUCGCUGCCCCCGAACCACUCGCUGCCCCCGAGUCACGCGAUGCACCUGAGCAGCUCGCACAAGGACCACGCGUUAUGCAUGAGGUCGAAACAUUUGCUCGGUCACGGGCAGAGUCACAGGCAGAGACCUUACCACAGAGAGAAGUUCUGCAAACUUUGCCACAAUCUGCGUCCGUGCCACGGGCCGACUCGAAACCUGGAGCACCCAGGAUCGAAACCCACCCCGACCGAAAUCCGGAUCCCGAUCGGUGGAACCCGGAUCGCCGGAACUCGGAACGGCGAUCGUCUGCUUCCAACGCCCCGCACGACAGCCGGCCUCCCAGCACCACCCUGACUCCGGCCAUAGCGCCAGCCCGGGCCCCUACCCCAACGCUCUCAUUAACCGAGAACGCGUUGCAAGGCCACUUCCAUUUCGGCGCGGAAGACGCCGGCUCACAGGAAGACGAAAGCCGCGACGACCCCGGCGAGCUCGACCUAGCCGCACUCCCUCUCCUACCAACUCAGGAACCCCCCAGUCUUUCUUGA